UGGCCCCCUCCAGAUGGGAGGACUGGUGUCCACUGAGGCUCAGGUUAGCCUCAGGACUGAGGUCCCAAGGAGGAGGCAGGCAACAAAGGCAAGGCACGAACUGAGAAGAGACAGGUUAUAAAGGAUAAGAUACCGGCAGAGCAGGGUGCCAUCCAGAGGCCCUGAGCAAAGCAGAGGUCCUAGCCAAUGGUCUGCGGCUCCAGGGUUUUAGGACUUAAGGAACAGUUUAGGAAUUAAGGUAGGCAGACCUCAGGAAGUACAUGGGGGAGGAGGAGCUGAACAUAGAUAGGUUCAAUUGGUCAGUGGUCUGCGCAGAGAACUCAGAGCAGGGGCAUCCCUAUCCCACAGCUGACUAGCUCCAGAUGAAGGUGAAAGCGAAAGGCAUGGACGAAGGGCCCAACCGCCUCCGAAUAAAGGCGAAAGCGAAAGCAGGAAGCAUCAAACGUGGCGCCCGAAGCCGGUCUCUCUCCCACCGCUGCUGGCCCGCUCGCUCGCCGCGCUCCUCUGCCCUACCAAAGCAUUGCCCGUGGGCCUCCUAGCUUGCCCUGAGAUGCUGAAAAGAGAGUUGGCGCCCCAGGGGGGCUUCUCCUUCGAAAACUGCCAGAGAAACACAUCCUUGGAACGCGUCCUGCCGGAGCUCCGGGCUCCUAAUGCACGCAAGACUGGGACUACCAUCGCUGGCCUCGUUUUCCGGGAUGGGGUCAUCCUGGGCGCGGACACACGGGCCACUAACGACUCGGUCGUGGCAGACAAGAACUGCGAGAAGAUUCAUUUCAUCGCUCCGAAAAUCUACUGCUGUGGGGCUGGAGUAGCCGCAGACACCGAGAUGACCACGCGGAUGGCGUCGUCCAAUAUGGAGCUACACGCGUUAUCCACGGGCCGCGAGCCCCGGGUGGCCACCGUCACUCGAAUGCUACGCCAGACUCUCUUCCGGUACCGCGGUCACGUGGGUGCAUCUUUGAUCGUGGGUGGCGUAGACGUGAAAGGUCCUCAGCUGUACAGUGUGCACCCCCAUGGCUCCUACAGUCGCCUGCCCUUCGCAGCCCUGGGCUCCGGCCAGGACGCGGCCAUGGCGAUGCUGGAGGACCGGUUCCAGCCUAACAUGACGCUGGAGGAUGCCCAGGGGCUGCUGGUGGAGGCCAUCACCGCAGGGAUCCUGGGUGACCUGGGUUCCGGGGGGAGCGUGGAUGCCUGUGUGAUCACUGGGACCGGUGCCAAGCUGCUGCGGACACUGAGUUCACCCACAGAGCCCAUAAAGAGGGGAGAACGGUACCACUUUGCCCCUGGGACCACGCCUGUCCUGACCCAGAUGGUGAAGCCGCUGACCCUGGAGCUGCUGGAGGAAACUGUGCAGACCAUGGAGGUGGAGUGAAGUGGAGCUUGAGCCCAGAAGGAAUAAAACCAGACAAUGCAAGCACCCAGA